AUGCGCUUUAAAACUGUGAAGUUGACGGCGAUAUGUAACGGGCCAAAGUGGACAAUAUCUAUUAGCGGUGGGCUUGUGUUGUUACACUUUCACGUUCACUACUCUACAAUUGCUUUCGUUUUAUCUGCAGCAAUUGGUAGACACUCUUGAGCUAUGUAUCCGACUCCAAAUCCUUACAGGCACAUCCUAGAAGCUGCAGAUGAUUUUGAAAAUUUUAGUUCUAUUCACAUUCCUCAACAUCUUUAAAUAAUGUUAUAAUCAGCAUCUCUAGUAGCUGUGAAGCCCAAUUUAUGAUCACCAACACCUUUCUUUGAUGACCAAUUUAUGAUGAACAUAAUAUUCAUUUCUUUGACUGACCAUUUUCAGUAAUAUAACAUGGUGAUAUGCUGGUUCAUUACUUUCUCACCGUGCUACCUUGACUAUGUCCAGUUAUUCUCACGUGGCUGUGAAGCCCUUUGAAGUGUUUGUUUCAGUACACUAGAUAUGACAACCAUGUUACUGCGAGUGAUAUGAUCACUCCGCUGGAUGUUUCAGUCGGUAUUGGGGAGAACUACCAGCUUUGUUAUCCUCUACGAACAGAUCCAUUGGCUCAUGACCGAUCCACAAGUGUUGGCUUGUAUACUGUCUUCACGAACUGAUGUAGUAAGUUAUGUUUAAUAACUUUGGUUUAGUUGUUUUGUUGUCAGAUCUUAUGGUUCAUCUCUUGUAUUAAAUACUUUUGAAUCAUAAUAAACUGCCUUCACCAUGUUCUGGGAGAAUUCCUUCCUUCAGAAGGCCGGCAACAUGAUAAUGCCCGGUAUCACAAUCGGCAUGGAGCAGCAAAAGAACGUUGCCAUUUUGCCUAUUCAAAUGUUUGAUCCAUUUAUUGAUCUGCAUAUGAUUCUGAUCAUCAUUGGCCAUGUGGAAAUUGCCACUGCAGUUUGUUUACGAGACUCUAUGUUAAGGAGACAAAGGAGGGAGGGGAACUCAUUUGUUCACUGGAAAAUCGAGGUUUCCUCAAUUCUGCUGGUGAAGGUAUUCUUAACUUGAAGCAUGUGUUUACUUUCUCUGGAUUAUGAUGAAGUUGUACCAAACGGAAAACUAACAUCUGGUUGAAUGGAGUUGUGCAAUGGAAUCUUCCCCGAAAUGUUUGUUAUUGCUCUAGUUGUUAAUUGCAUUGUUGAUACAUGAUAUCUGUUCGCGUUAUCAACAAUUAUCAUUAGAACUGCCCGUUUCCCACAUCUAUGGGAGUAUUUUUAAUGCAUUUGAGCUGUACAGAGUUGCAGAAUGCUGACCUACAAGUCCUUUUCUCUGCGGUCAAACAUUACAGCUCCGGUUGCUUGUAUACAAAACAAUUUUGAUUGAAGUUGCAACAUAAUAUAAGAGAGACGGGGUGAAAGAUGUGAUAAAGGGCAUUGGAGUUGUCAUUUGCGGCUGGGCUUGAGCAACAUGCACGGAAGGUGUUUGUUAUAAUGCCAAAUCCAAAGAGGUGGAGAAUGGUGGUAGAGGACCAAGCCACGGGUCUAGAUUAUUAUCAUUGGAGAAGUACACACUGCGUUCUAUCCCCCUAAUUUCUGUAGCUGUCGACGUAUAUUUAGCUGCUUCCGUAAUGGGGGCAUCUUCCCAACAUUGUGUUUCUUUCGCCAGAACCAGUUGCCCCAUCUAAUGUCCUAUUAUCCACGCUUUGAAAGUGAUAAUAAAGGUGCAAUAAGACAUUAUCCUUUAUUAUAUAGGGUAUUGUUAGCUUGGCUUUUAUGUGGCUGCUUUCAGGUUCAAAGAUUGCAGAUGCGAUACAUCUCAAGGAUGCCAAUAGAAUUGAUUGCAGAUCUCCAUAUUGCGUGGGUGUGGUUGUCUUUGGUCACUCUUAGUGAAUGGACAAAAGAUUUUUUUUUUUUCACCUCCCAUUUAGCUGUGCAGGAUAGGGUGUCUGCAAAUGGGUGGAGGGGACACACUUUGAAGAAAAUUUAGCCGGUGGGUUUUCAGCAAAGCAAUUGAUACCAUGGAUUGCUUCUGUCAAAGUAAAGAAAGCAUGAAACUUGAGAGAGUAAGAAGACCAGAGCUAUCUUGUGUCUUAUAUGGUGGGCCGACGUAAGGACGAAGUUUGGUGCAAUUUGAAUCCAAUGGAGCUUUCAAACUUUUGGAGGACCACAUCAGCUACAAUUGACAAAUUGUUAUGUAUGCAUUUGCAGGAAGUUGCACUGGAAAAGAUCCUUCAACGUUUAUUGAUGUGCAAAUCAAGAGUUGAAAUAAUAUUACUUUUUUGGUGGGGAAAUGAGUACCAAAGCAUAAAUAUUUUGUAUAGCGAGGACUAGGAGGAGGUUGAAGCGUGUUUCCCACACUAAAUGCCAGCGAGUAGGUGUAGUAAGUACCAUGAUUGCUCCUUCCCAUUUAAUGGUGAAGAGAAAGACGAGUACAGAGCAAUCGGUUUUCUUUCAGUAAAAUGGAAAGUGGCCUUCCCAUGCUUAACUGUCUGUUGCAACACACUUUAAGGAGUCUAUGUUUGUCUUCAGACUCUUGUAGCUCUACCUCUUCUAAGUGGGUUUAUGCCAUUUUCUGGAGGAUCCUCCCUAGAAACUUUCCUCCUCCCAAGUGGGAGUUUGGUGGGAGUGCUCUUGAUCGCUCUAAAGGAAACAAGAGGAACUGGAUUCUUGUUUGGGAAGAUGGGUUUUGUGAUUUCCAUGAAUGUGAAAGAGCAGCAGGUGGGUGUCUUACAGGGAGGUUUGGAGUUGAUCUCUUCUUCAAAAUGUCUCAUGAGGUUUACAGUUACGGAGAAGGAUUAGUGGGAAAAGUUGGAGCUGAUAAUAAUCAUAAAUGGGUUUUCAGAGAUAGCGCAACUGAAAGUGAUCCGAACCUCGUCUCCUCGUGGAACUCAUCCAUUGAGCCUCAACCUCGAGCCUGGGAAUCUCAGUUUAAAUCAGGCAUUCAGACAAUUGCAGUCAUUGCUGUACGAGAAGGCGUAGUUCAACUGGGCUCUUUUGAUAAGGUCCCGGAAGAUCUCAAUUUAGUCAUUAAUGUACAGAGGAAAUUCAGCUACCUGCACAGCAUGCCAGGUAUCUUUGCUGUUCAAAGGCCCUACCUUCCUAGCCAACAUCCAUACGUUUUAAAGCCAGAUGUCCAGAUGAUCGAAAACCAAUCCACUGGGUUGAAGAGAUUGUUCAGCUCUAUGCUUGAUGAAUCUCCUAUCAAAUCCAUCAACUUAGGGUGGAACACCCCACAUCCCUUGGCCUCUGGAUCGCCAGUGUGGCCAAUCCCACCUCUUCUUCCUUCCACUUCAUGCGGUUUUGGAACUUUUAAAUCAAAGAUUCCUUCUAAUGGCACCCCGCCUUGUGAAGUCGAUGAUCGUCUCGACGCAGUUCAACUAAUGCCCAUUAACCACCCGAACCUGAAUACAAUGAAGGCUACCAACUCAGAAGUAAAGAUAGAAACCUCCAGUCAGUUAGAUGCAGCUCAAGAAACAGAAGAGAAACCAAGUUGCUUAAAUCCUAGAUUCGGGUUUGGAGAGACAAGCCAGAAUGGUCAAAGUCUCAAUUAAUUAGGAAAAGUACCUUCUCCAUGGCAUUAAUUGUCACAAAAAGGAUGAGUUUGGUACUUGCAUGGAUUUGGAUGGUUGAUUAGCAUGCACCCAAAUUGUAUAAUCACUGUUUUUUGAGUUAUCUGUCAAUAAAAAUAUCUAGAUACUAAAAGUAGUUUUAUUAUCAAACAAAGAUGGCACUAUAUUUCA